UGCGUGUGGGACACAAAGCAGCACAUAACGGGGCCUGUGCAGAUCGGGCGGAGUUUAGCAAAACGCGCUUUGCUGUGCCUCCAUCGGCAGGGCUGGGUGUGGUUUUCAAAAACUCAGUUCCGUUAGCAGGAAAUCGACUCUAGGACCGCUAGUACUUCUGUGAGCGACAAAGACGCAUACAAAAGUGAAAUUUGUUCGGAAUCUAGGAGAGAUCCGAGGAGAAGCUUUUUCCAGAAGGCCCGUGACGGUGGUUCGCUCUUUAGCGUGGACAUCAGCCGAUGGGAAAAAGUUUGUCUGUCUGCUAACUUCAUUGUAUCAGCUCAGUUUGUGACAUCCGCGAGAGAAGAGAUCAAAUACAGUCAAAAUGCCGAAAACGAUCAGCGUUCGCGUGACUACGAUGGAUGCGGAGUUGGAGUUUGCCAUCCAGCCCAGCACCACUGGGAAACAGUUAUUUGAUCAGGUGGUGAAAACCAUCGGUUUGAGAGAGGUUUGGUUCUUUGGGCUGCAGUACCAGGACACCAAAGGCUUUUCCACUUGGCUUAAACUCAACAAAAAGGUUACAGCUCAGGAUGUUCGUAAGGAAAGUCCUCUGCUGUUUAAAUUCCGGGCCAAGUUUUAUCCUGAAGAUGUUUCAGAGGAGCUGAUUCAAGAGGCCACUCAAAGACUUUUCUUCCUUCAGGUGAAAGAGGCAAUUCUCAACGACGACAUCUAUUGUCCCCCUGAGACCGCAGUGCUGUUGGCGUCUUACGCAGUGCAGGCCAAAUAUACUGACUACAACAAAGACGCUCACACACCAGGAUACCUGUCCAGUGAGAAACUGCUCCCACAGAGGGUUCUUGAGCAACACAAGCUGAGUAAAGAGCAGUGGGAGGAAAGAAUUCAGGUCUGGCACGAGGAGCACAAGGGCAUGUUGAGAGAGGACUCGAUGAUGGAAUAUCUGAAGAUAGCUCAAGAUCUGGAGAUGUACGGGGUGAACUAUUUCAGUAUUAAGAAUAAGAAAGGGUCAGAGCUCUGGCUGGGAGUCGAUGCCCUGGGACUCAACAUCUAUGAGCAGAACGACAAGAUGACACCAAAAAUUGGUUUCCCCUGGAGUGAGAUCAGAAACAUUUCUUUCAAUGAUAAGAAAUUUGUCAUCAAACCCAUUGAUAAAAAAGCCCCGGACUUUGUCUUCUAUGCCCAGCGUUUGCGCAUUAAUAAGCGAAUUCUGGCCUUGUGCAUGGGCAAUCACGAGCUUUACAUGAGACGCCGUAAACCAGACACCAUUGAGGUCCAGCAGAUGAAGGCACAGGCCAAAGAAGAGAAGAACCACAAGAAGAUGGAAAGGGCUUUGCUGGAGGAUGAAAGAAAAAAGAGGGAACAAGCAGAAAAGGAGAAGGAAAAGAUUGAAAAAGAAAAAGAGGAGCUGAUGGAGAGACUCAAAAUGAUUGAGGAACAGACCAGAAAAGCUCAGCAAGAGCUGGAGGAACAGACCCGCAGGGCACUGGAGCUGGAUCAAGAGCGUAAACGUGCUCAAGAGGAGGCGGAGCGUCUGGAGCGGGAGCGCCGCAUGGCGGAGGAGGCCAAAACGACUCUGCUGCAGCAAUCUGAGAACCAGAUGAAGAACCAGGAGCACCUGGCCACUGAACUGGCAGAGUUAACCUCGAAGAUCUCAUUGCUUGAGGACGCCAAAAAGAAGAAAGAGGAAGAAGCAUCAGAAUGGCAGAUGAAGGCCAUGGUAGUGCAGGAGGACCUGGAGAAGACUAAAGAGGAGCUGAGAAAUAAAGUGAUCGCGACCCAUGUGCAAGAACCCGUGCACGGUGAAAACGACAAUGAUGAGGGUGACGAGAGUAGCGCAGAGGCCAGCGCUGAACUGACCACCGCAGCAGAUUAUAAAGACAGGAGCGAGGAGGAACGCAUGACGGAAGCAGAGAAGAACGAACGAGUGCAGAAACAUCUGCUGGCUCUGACUUCUGAGCUCGCCAACGCUCGGGACGAGACCAAGAAGACCCAGAACGACAUGAUCCACGCAGAGAAUGUACGAGCGGGACGCGACAAGUACAAGACGCUUCGCCAGAUCCGCUCCGGAAACACCAAACAGCGAAUCGAUGAGUUUGAGUGCAUGUAAUGUACCACAGUAGGCCAGCAGGGGGCACUGCAGCCUGCCUUAUGCAUCAUAUCUGCAGAGAAACUUCAGUACCCACAAUGCAUCACUCCAUCAGCCAAACAGGCAAACAAAAUAAAGCCAAAUAUAUAGAAUAAUCCUGCACAAUUCACAAUCCCUUUAAUUUAGGAGUAUUGUUUGGGUUACUGCAUUAUAAUUGGGGAGAUUUAUUUUUUGCUUCUUGUUUUCACCUAGGUGUAGCUCUUUUAAUAGUAAACACAUUAACGGUUUACUGAGUAGUUGAACUAAAGGGUUUUAAUUUCGGAAAGAGCAAGACGGGAUUUCGGAAGAAUUCAAAGUAUAAAGACAUUCCAGUGUUGGGAAUAAACGAAAGCACACUCCAGAGAGAAAGGACCAAUCGUAUGCCAGCGUGCCAAGACCGUAAUUCAACGUAGCUGAUAGUUUAUCAGACUACACAGUGCCAUUGUGAUGGUGUAAUAGCCUAGCUAUGAUAAGUCGCAUUAACAUUGCAUCUCCCUUACUUUUCUAAUUGGAUGACUAUAGUACCGAUUAAACACAUGCUUAUGAUCUGCUACCUGCUGCCAGUCAACCAGCCUGCCAAAACAGGUGGCUUAUGAGAGCAAAAAAAUGUGCGUGUGUGUGCGAAUGAGAGAGAGCGAGAGAGAGAGAGAGCGUGUCUGUGUGUCAUCCCUGUUGAAAAUAACUUUAGUUAUAGUUUCUCACUGCUGCAGGUUUGUGGCUGCUCCCUGUUUGAGCCUUUUCACUGAAGAAAGACAGAAAAUAUCAAACUGUAUUUUUAGUUUAGUUUUUAAUCAUUAUUCUUAUUUUAAGCUUUUUUCUUUUGAAGGACAAGAGACUGUUUUGUUGUUUUUGAGGCAUUUGAAUCCUUUUUGCAGUAUUAUUUUGAAGAUUCCUUUAGUAGACACAUCUUCUGGGAUUAAAUUUCUUCCUUUAUGUCUGAGCAGUAUUUACCCAGAGUGUACACAGUUUUGAGUAGCCCCGCACCUGUAGGCAGUGCCUUAGUUGUUUUUGUAAUCUCUAUUCAUUUUUAUUUCAUGUAGCAAUAUGCUGCACUGAAGCAAUACGACGUCCCCGGCUGCUUUUGAAGAGUUUAUUCUUUAUUUGGUUCUUACACUUGAAUGAUCUGAGCUGUUUUGAUACAUAAGAACAUAGAUCUCUUUUACGCUUGUUCUUAUUAUAUAUACAACUUUCUUGCUACCUGGGUGACGUAACCGUUCAGAAUUUGACGUUUCCUGCCCUUGGGCCGCAGGUGGCUUUUUGUCAGCCAAUCGCAGAACAGAUUGCUGCUUAAAAUGUUUCCAUUGCAACUGUCAAUAAAAUAUUAAAAUCAUUA